UUGCAGUCAAGGCCCCACCUGGUCGUGUCAAGCUCCAUCGAAUGGGGGACGGGUUACCGUUAGGUCGCUACACGAUUUGGCAUCAUCCGAACAUCGUUAAACUCCUUUGUCACGCAGCAAUCAAGCCACCGCCUAGAAGGCGGUUUCGAACGAAUUAGUAUUUUGUUGUACUUUUUCUGCACUUUUCCGUGGCCUCUCGUUUUGUACCCAAGUAAUUUUUCUCUCGAAAUGAGCGAUGAACGGGGGCUGAAGUCCCUCCGGGCAGGGGCUAAGAGGAAAACUGUCCGACCGACCAUCAGCAACCCCCGACCCGUCAAUGAGCCCAACAAGAAUGUUGAUAUCCCCAGAGGCAGGGCCGGUCCCCCGGACGGACCUUUGGUGGUUCGUCAGCGUCCACCUUUGGCAAGCGGAAAAACCUCGGAUCUCGUAAAACGCCGUUUUUCUACUCGUUUCAAUGACCUACCUACCGACGGCUUUGCGCCGCCCAUGCCGGCUCUUCCAUCAUUUGAUUCAUACGAAGCAGCCAGUAGCAGAGAUAGGGAGAUGAGAGGUGCACCACCCUCACGGGGUGCCGGUGCUCCCCUUUCCGUCGACCGCAGGGUUUUGGGCGACCCGAACCUCAGUGCCGAACAGUACGUGGCCAAGAUCUUGAGUGACGCCACCGAAGAUGAAAUCCGUGAGUUCGAAGAGUCGCUGCGAGGGCUGAAGGACGGUACAUCUCAACGUCUUCAGGCCAAUGUGCUCCAGAACCGGACUCAGUUUAUCAAGAUCAGCAAGGAGGCCGAAAAGCUCAAGGGAGAGAUGCGCGCGCUGAAGAAUCUGAUGUCGGAGCUCAAGGCUAAUACAACUGCGCUCCGGGCCGCUUCUUCGGGCAAUGGACCCAACGGCGACUCUUCGGACCCCAGUGGUGGUUUCUCUACUGGCCUGAGCAAGCGUGACAAGAGAAGCUCCGUGGCGGACCGUACGGCCCUCUGGAACUCGCAGAUGCAGGCAUUGUACAAGAAUGUUGAGGGUUCGCAGAAGUUCUUGCCACACUCACCCACCCGACAUGUGUUGCAGAACGCCGGACCAUGGAUUGAGCUCGACAAUGCGACUUACAAGUCCAGGCGGUCCAUUCAGAUCUUUCUCCUAAACGAUCACCUUCUGAUUGCAUCCAGAAAGAAGCGCAAGGCCGACGUGUCUGGCGAUUUCAGGGGCCCUGAGAUGAAGCUCGUUGCGGAUAGGUGCUGGCCGCUGCUUGAUAUUGAAGUUGUGGAUAUGUCUGGGUCGGGUGAGACCUCGAGCGGCCGUAACAAGCUUGCCGAGGCAAUCAUGGUCAGGGGCGUAGGGCAAGAGACUCUUAUCUACCGUACCGAAAAGCCAGAUGGACCCGAGAAGGCAUCACUGCUCAUGAACAUUCGAAAAGCAGUCGAGGAAUUGCGAAGGGGGCUUCAAUCGGAAAUGGACGCCAACAAUAAGGCCAAGGAUACCAUCAACUACUUUGCUUCGCGAGAUCCUGGGCUUCUCCAGAAGACUGCACUUCUCGAGACGUUGUCUGACAUCAAAGACAUGCUCAUCGAGGUGGAUGGCAAGCAGCAGAACUUGCGCUGGGUUGAGAGUCAGAUGGACGAGCUCGACAUCGACGUAGCACUGCAACGUUUCGACCCAGCCGUGCAGCGUGUGGAGAAGCUCAAGGGCCUUGCUCGAGGGUUGAAGAACAACGCAAUCGCACAAGACUUUAUUGAGUUCAAGGUUGAGGAAAGGACGGCAAAGCUGGCAGCUAUAAUUUCGCGGGAGCUGGUUGACUCGCACGACAGCCCGCGCAAGACCAAGCGCAAUGUUGCUUGGCUAACGAAACUGGGGUUCGAAGACCGCGCCCGCGAAGCUUACUUGGAGGCGCGAAGCAAUAUCAUCCAAAAACGAUCAAGGCAAUGCAUAUUCCAAGGUGAUCUAUGGGUUUACAUUUGGGAGAUAUCUUUUGUCUACUUCACUGUUAUCAAGAACACGGUGGCCUGCUUCCAGAGCUGCUUUCCGCCCCCGAUGAUGAGUGUGUGCGUCAAGUGGGCUAAGGAAGAGGUGGAUGCCUUCAACGCAAUCCUCGCACGUCAGCUCAGCAGCACGGAGCGAGACGGCGAGAUAUGGAGGAAGUGCGUGGACCAGGCCAAGACUCAUGCUGACAUGUUGUCUGAAGUCGGACUUGACUUUCGAAAUCUGGUGGGACGCGUACCAGAACCAGGGGCGGCCAAGAAGGCAGCGUCGCAGGCGCCGGCGCUUGGCCUCGGCCUCUCUUAGGAUGAAGGAAAAGAGGAUAUCGUGUUACCCAUGAAUUGUUGCGCAUUUUGGGAAAGAAAAUGAAGACAAGGAAAGCAUUCGCCGUAAGAAGUUAGAGGCAAAUGGGAGGAGCAGCAUAAGAUUAAAGAGACAAAAAUGUACGUUGAUGUGGCUCUCUAUUCUUCUGGAAGUACUGUAAACCGCAAUAUGGUGAGACCUGAGGCGGUGGGAUCUGCCAUUUUAUAACAACUAAUUUACAGCAACUGUUCAUGGGAGAUUAUCGUCAACACCAGAGAUUAUAGUGAUGAUGGGGCAAGGCACGUGCUUGAAGCAAGAGAUACUUAGCAGCCAAUUCAUGAAUGACAAGGAGGGAGCGCGAAGCGGGG